CAUAAAUAUAGAAUCCCAUUCAGCACACUUCGCAGUCAAAACCACCCAAGUCAUAGCCAGCAACUAGUUUCACGCCCUGCAUCAUGGCCCAUUUCACAGUUGGCGAUUAUCUUGCCGAACGGCUCGCUCAAAUCGGGGUUCGCCAUCACUUCAUCGUCCCAGGCGAUUACAACCUCAUUCUCCUCGACAAACUAGAGGCGAACCCAGCACUGACCGAGGUCGGCUGCACGAAUGAGCUCAACUGCUCGCUAGCCGCCGAAGGCUAUGCCCGCGCCAACGGCGUCGGCGUCUGUGUCGUCACGUACAGUGUAGGCGCCUUCUCGGCCUUCAACGGCGUCGGCAGUGCGUACGCGGAAAAUCUCCCCAUUAUUCUCGUCAGCGGAGCGCCUAACACCAACGACGUGGGCCAACGCCUACUUCACCACACGCUCGGCGACUAUGACUUCACCUACCAGCUUGAGAUGGCCAAGAAGAUCACCUGCUGCGCCGUGGCCAUCCGCGGAGCCGUCCAUGCCCCGGAGUUGAUCGAUCGGGCCAUUCGAAUGGCGCUUUUAAAACGAAAACCGGCGUACAUCGAAGUGCCGACGAACCUGUCUGGAGAGCUAUGUGCCCGGCCUGGGCCCAUCAGCGCCUUGGUUGAGCCCACCCCGAGCGAUGGGCCGGCGCUGGAUGCUGCUGUAGCUAGAGCGUCUAAAUAUCUCAGCACCAAGCAGAAGCUCGUUAUUCUUGUCGGCCCGAAAGUGCGAAGGGCUGGCGCGGAGCAGGAACUGCUCCGGCUGGUGGAGGCUAUCGGGUGCGCCGUUGUCCUUCAGCCAGCGGCUAAGGGCUCUUUCCCCGAGGACCACGCACAAUUCGCAGGCAUCUUCUGGGGCCAAGUCAGCACGCUCGCAGCGGACGUUAUUGUCAACUGGGCUGACGUCCUCAUAUGUACCGGCACCGCGUUUACGGACUACAGCACGGUCGGCUGGACGGCUUUGCCCAGUGUUCCGCAACUGGUCGUCGAUAUGGAGAGCGUGACUUUGACUGAUCCAAGUGCCUAUUUCAGUCACGUGCGGCUGUGCGAUUUCCUGUCCAGACUAGCCGAAGCAGCCAGCUGGAACGACGGCACGAUGAUCGAGUACAACCGACUGCGUCUCGACCCCCCUUUAGGACACCCCUCCCGUAGGCAGGAGAUGUUGACUAGAAAGGAGGUCGUUCAACAGAUACAGCUCCUUCUGACUCCAGAGACGACAGUGUUCGCCGACACUGGAGAUUCGUGGUUUAACGGAAUCCAACUAGGCCUUCCGUCCGGGGCAGAGUUUGAGAUCGAGAUGCAAUGGGGCCAUAUUGGAUGGACGAUACCAGCUUCGUUUGGUUACGCCCUGGCCAAGCCGGAGAGGAGGACCAUCGUGAUGGUGGGGGAUGGCGCGUUCCAGAUGACAGUCCAGGAGGUCUCCCAGAUGGUACGAAACCGGGUGCCUAUCAUUAUGCUUUUAAUGAACAAUAGGGGCUACACGAUCGAGGUCGAGAUCCACGACGGGCUGUACAACCGUCUUCAAAACUGGAACUAUGGGCUCCUCGUCCGCGCAUUCAAUUCUACGGAGGGCGGAGGGCGUGCCCUUGGCAUUGAGGCGCAUACUGCAGAGCAGUUUUCCGAAGCCGUUGAGAGGGCAAUGGCACAUAAGGAUGGGCCAACGAUCAUCGAGUGCAACAUUCAUCAAGACGAUUGCAGCAGAGAGUUGAUUACCUGGGGCCAUUUUGUUGCCGCGGCUAACUCCCGUGCCCCCGUCAAGGUCUAG